AUGAAGUUCCUCAAGGUCGGCCGUGUCGCCAUCAUCACCCGGGGCCGCUAUGCCGGCAAGAAGGUCGUGAUCAUCCAGCCCCAGGACAGCGGCUCCAAGUCGCACCCCUUCCCUCACGCUCUCGUCGCCGGUAUCGAGCGCUACCCCUCCAAGGUCACCCGCCGCAUGUCCAAGACCCGCCAGACCAAGAGGUCCAAGGUCAAGCCGUUCAUCAAGACGGUCAACUACAACCACCUCAUGCCCACCCGCUACACCCUGGAGCUCGAGGGCCUGAAGGGCGUCGUCACCAACGACACCUUCAAGGAGGUUUCGCAGCGCGAGGAGGCCAAGAAGACCGUCAAGAAGGCUCUUGAGGAGAGGUACCAGAGCGGCAAGAACAGGUGGUUCUUCACUCCUUUGCGUUUCUAG